AUGAGUCCAAAUUUUGCUUCAUUAACAGCAACAUCAUCACAUAUGGACGUUGAUACAACAGUACAAAAGAAAAAUCAAAAUUUUAACAGAGCUUCAUCUUAUACAACACAAACUUCAUUUGUCGUCACAAAUCAAGACAAUAAUUUAAUGAGAAAAUAUUUGUCAGCAAGUGCAAUCAACGAACCUCAUGUUUAUCCAUAUAAAUCAAAAGAUUCAAAUAAGCCGAUACCAAUUGAACAAUAUUAUCAUCGUUCUGCUACAUUACCAUUGUUAAGUGAUAAUAUUAUUCAAUCAUCAAAAAAUCCUCCAUUUCUUCAUCGACUAAAACAACGUGUGUCAAAUUUAAUAAAACAUAUGGUUUCAAACAACAGUAAUCAACAAUUUUCAAGACAAAAAAAUGAAGCAAAAAUGACUAGUGUUCCUGAAAUAGUCAAUGAAAAUGAGAUUGACGGUUAUCAAAAUAUGACAUAUUUUGAUUAUGAUGAUGAAUUGGAUAUAACAGAGGAAAAUGAACAAAUGUUAACGAAUUGUCUUUUAAAUGUUUUACGUGAAAGUAAAUUAAAACAUUUAAAUUGUGGUGAUUUGUUUGUACCAUGUAAUCAUAUCAAAAAUAUUUCAAAACAUAUGUUGAUGAUGGCUGCUGAAGAACCUUUUGGUAUUCAUGGUGCAAAAAUUAAUAUUAAAUUAUUGAGUGCACGAGAACCACAAGGAAAAUUGAUACAAACAGUGAAAAUUGAUCUGACAAAAAAGUCAACAUUUGAAAUUGAAAUUCAUUUACAUGAAGAUCAAAAAAUAUUUAGUUUACGACGUCUAUUAUCAAUGAUGACAAAAUCGAAGAUGAAACUCGUUGAACAGUUAAAAAACAAGAGUCCAAUUUAUAUUAGUCCAAAUUGUAAACUAAUUAAAACACGUUUUUAUUGUCAUGAACAACCAAAAGUGGCUUAUGUUAAAAGUUAA